UCCACUUACAGUAGUGGUUGACGAGCUAAAGCGGAGCAAGCAAAUCCGAAGGGGAUGCGCACAUCACGCCAUCAUCUCUCACAUGCUGCUGAAGCCGGUAGUAAUCGGAAACGUGGCCCCAAUUCACGCCGUUGAUCAUAAUUACAGCGUUUUAUUUACAUUAUUAUCAAGUGGACCAUCCGAAAACGUCAUCCUGAUCUCUGUGUGUCAUACGCCUACCGCUUCAGGAAACGUUUUGUCACUUAGAGAGUUGCGUAUCUAGCCCGAUUUGAUAUGAACUAGAAUCGUUUAUGUCUAAGUGAAAAGGUUAAUUUUGUCGAAAUGGUGGCAGGUGAGUUUCUUCCAGAGCAGCAUGUUCUGCCUGACAGCACACCUGAUGGUAGAGUCACAGAAGGAAAUACAGACGAGGACAGCGGCUACAAGGAGCUUUCCAAUGGAUCGGUCCAUAUAACAUUGGAUCCAAAGGUGCUGGAACAGGAGCUUCCACCACCGGACGAAAAAGAGGCGAUGCUUCCCGCUGAGCAGAAUAACGAUGAGCUCGAGACGAGACUCUACUGUAGGCGGUUUGCUGUUCUCGCCGUGUUCAGCCUCUAUUCGCUAGUCAACGCCUUUCAGUGGAUCCAGUACAGCAUCAUUACGAACAUCUUCAUGGAGUAUUAUGAAGUAUCAAGCACCACGAUUGACUGGCUCUCUGUGGUCUAUAUGGUCGCAUAUGUGCCUUUAAUCUUCCCCGCGACGUGGCUGCUGGAUAAGAAGGGGCUGAGGAUGACAGCGUUGUUAGGGGCCGGGUUGAAUGCUUUGGGUGCGUGGGUGAAGUGCGCCAGCGUGGGGCCCAACCUGUUCUGGGUCACCAUGGCCGCACAGAUCAUAUGCUCUGUGGCACAGGUGUUCAUCCUCGGUCUCCCCUCCAGAAUCGCGUCCGUUUGGUUCGGCCCGAAAGAAGUUUCCACGGCCUGUGCCACAGCGGUGUUGGGCAACCAGCUUGGUGUAGCCAUAGGUUUCCUGCUCCCACCUGUUCUGGUUCCCAACACUGCAGACGACAAAGACCUCAUGGGCCACAACAUCAGCAUAAUGUUCUAUGGAACAGCUGGAGUUUCAACUCUGCUCUUCCUUCUAACAAUAUUUGUCAUUAAGGACAGACCUCCACUCCCACCCAGCAAAGCCCAAGCUGUUCUCUCCAAUGUUCCAGCUGAAGACUAUUCAUACAAAAAAUCAAUCGUUAACCUCUUUAGGAGCAAGCCCUUCAUUCUGCUCCUCAUCAGCUAUGGCAUCAUGACCGGAUCAUUCUAUUCUGUAUCUACACUUCUCAAUCAAAUGAUAAUUACUUUCUAUCCGGGUGAAGAGCUAAACACAGGCAGAAUCGGCUUGACUUUGGUGGUGGCUGGAAUGUUCGGCUCAAUACUGUGUGGAGUCUGGCUGGAUCGUACUAAAACCUAUAAAUUGACAACAUUGAUCGUCUACGUGCUGUCCUUUAUUGGAAUGGUGGUGUUCACAUUCACGCUGAACUUGGGAUAUCUGCUUGUUAUCUUCUUUACUGCUGGGGUCCUAGGGUUUUUUAUGACUGGUUACCUUCCCAUUGGCUUUGAAUUCGGCGUUGAAAUCACAUACCCUGAGUCAGAGGGCACAUCAUCUGGUCUUCUGAAUGCUUUUGCACAGGUGUUCGGCAUCAUUUUUACUCUCAUACAAGGGCGACUGACCACAGACUACGGCCCACUCAGCGGAAACAUUUUCUUGUGUGCUUGGAUCCUCUUUGGCAUUGUUCUAACAGCUCUGAUUAAAUCAGACCUCAAAAGACAUGGCGUCAAUAUGAGCAAUACAGACAAAGGACAAGCAGUUCCCACUGAGCUGCCUUCCGAAAAAGUGUCCAGUGACGUCAAGCUAGAGUCCUCUAGCUUACCUCAUGAGACUGCGAUUUAAGUUUUAAACGUUUCCAACAGCACAUCAACAAUCACAAGAGAUUACAAACUCUCCUGAGAUAACUUGAAAUCUCCUUAUUUUGCUGUAAUGUAGUGUGAUGUAAUGAUGUUCUAGCACAAUUUUCUGUGAAAAUGGUAGGGCUGCCCCCUAAUAGUCGACUAACCCUUAGUCGACUAAAAUUUUAUUAGUCGGUUAGUCACAAAAAAAAACCUCUGCAGAAAGUGGCGAAAUCACACAGUCCGUGAGGGACGGAUCAUUAACAGCGGGUCCUUGUGGUAAUUACAGUAUGUCGGGCAGGAAAUCCAAACAUUUCACCCAUUGACCUCAAAUAUGGCUUAUCAUUUGAAACAUACAAGUAGUAGCAACUUUACAUGGUCGCUCGCUCUGACUUUAACCUAGAUAAAUGUGCGCUAUUUGUGCAGAGUGUGGAAGCUGAAGUAUUAGCGCGCUUUACUGUUUGACAUGGAGGCGCCAGCGCAAUCACUUGCAUUUUUUUCCUGAUAACAGCGGAAACAACUUAAAAUACGCCGUCAUUUUUGGUCAUACAGAUAAGAGUACGUCAUACAUAACACAUCACGUAUUAUACGCAAUACAUCAUUCGAAACUAUAAGGGGUCUACUUUUAUUUGUGUGAACUCACAAUAACAAGAAAACAUUGUGCUUUUGUAAAAAAAAAAGAAAACAAACAGGAUGCGCUUCCUGCCUUCUCUGUCUUCCUGAACUGGAGCGCGUCACAAAAAUGAACCGAAACUCAGAGCAUAUAGGCUACAGACAUGAGAAAUAUAUCUAUAGAAAACGUGAAAUGUCUACUUUUAAAUGAACCAAUUCGAAUGGAAAAGAAAUACACUGCUUAUGUAAUCCGUAUGAAUGGUGCAUUUCUCUCUAUAGGCGCGUUCACUAUACUGCAGAGACAAGAGUCGGCAUCGUCAGCUUCAUCUUUGCGGCCGACACUGACUCAGAAAACAUUCGUUUAUUAUAAAUAAUUACAAUGUCUCCUUAGUACUCCUUUUCCCGGCACAUUCAUAAUCAUUACUUUUGCUGUUGUUGCGGCAAAGUUUAUGCCUGCGCUUGAGUGCAAAAUAAGGUAUAUAUAUCAACCCUCUCCCCCCACAAGGAUAUAUUUAAGUAAUUAAAUUAACAUAAAUGUGCGAUUAAUCGACUAAUGGCUUAAAUGAACGAUGACUAGUCGAUUUGAAAAAUCUUUAGUCGGGGGCAGCCCUAGAAAACGGACAGUGAUAAUUGUUCGGAAAUAUACUGUGAAUUAAUUUCUCCUAAUCUAGGCUGAUUGUAUAUACAAUCUGUCUCUCAAAUAUACAUGCAUGAUACUUUUUAUUUGUUUCAAGAACUGUGGACCAAAUAUUAGUUAUUUUACAGGGCUUGUAAGGCCCAUAUGCACAAUCCUGUUAGCGUGAUUGGAACAGCAUGUUUGUUUGCUUCGUCUCAAAGCACCUUUCUGACUGUGCGCUGCUUGUUCGUUUCUAACGUCUGCUGUUGCAUUGCAGAACAUCUACAUGUCCACAAAGGCCAUAAAUUCCCAUUUUAUUUAUUCAGGAUGAUGAAGAAUUCCCAUGCUUUCAAUGAAGAGUGUUCUGUAAACUAAAAAGACAUAGUAUGCAAAUUGUAGUGUAUAGGUAAGUGCUUUAACAAACUGACCUACCAUUAUGAGACUGACAUUAUUUCAAGUACUUAAUGCAGUCAUUGCAAGAUAAAAUCAAAUGUUGUGUAAGUGCUUUUUUGACCUGUAACACAUAUAGUACUAGGAGAAGGCUUGUUUAGUCUUUUCCAGAGAGCACAAACCAACCUUUCAGCAUUUGUACCACGUUAAGAAUGUGUUUAGUUUAAAAGGAAUGUGAUUUAUUUGUGUGAGUGUAUUGCUGACAGGCCUAGGUGAGGUUUCAAGAAAAUGUCAUGCCUCAGAAGUGUGGUAGAAAGAGGACUAUUAUUUUAAUAUUUUAUAAGCUUAGGUUUACUUACUUUAGUAGCUAAUUUUUGCACUUUUGAUGCAUAUUUAUUGGAAAGAUGGCUUUUUCAGGAUUGUUUUUAUAUUUAUUCAUUUCUGCUUUGAAUUUCUACUGUUUCUACUUAGUAUACUUGUCGUUUAAUGAAGGCAGCUGUGCAAACUGGGGUUUCACAUGAUUGUCACAAAUGAUGCUGGGAAAUUCACUGUAAAGUAAAAAACUCAUUUGCAUUACACUGAACAUUGGAGGAAUGGAAGUGGCUCAUGUUUCCAUCACUGCUGUUGUAAAGUAAAAAUGAUAUUGCUAAAA